AUUCGCAGCGCCUCGGACGCCUUUACGCUCUUCGAGGCUGUCAGGCAGGGCAUCUUGCCUCUCCGAAGACAUCGACUAUCGCAGGCUGAAAGAGACAAUCUCGCGUCAGGUCAGGUUUUUGUUUGGAUCGAAUCUUCGGAGGCCGAUGGAUUGGAGCGAUGGACUGAUGGACGAAAGUGGUCCCCGUCAAGAACUCGGGACGUUUUUCUGGUUUAUGAAGAACGUGAUGAACCCUCCGUCGAUGAAAACCUGGAGAAGGCGAGUCGAAGGUCGGCAAGCAGCUGUGCGUUCUUACCAGAUCGGCCGCCCAAACCUGAUGGACUAAUGAAGCAAACCUUUUCGGCCUGGGUGUUGACUUCGUCCACGGGGCAGAGAGUAAAGUGGCACAUGUCGGCGUACCUCUCGAGAACCAAAGGCGCGGAACUACCCACAGUCCAAGAUGACCCACUUCUGCAGAGUAUCCAAGUACCCGCUGGUAUUUUC